AUGAAGACAGAAGAGCCAUCUAGAGUUGUAUUCAACGAUGCACCUUCUUAUCUAUUUUACGAACAGCUGAAAAAGGAUACGGAUAUAGAAAAAUAUGUCGGACAAUACGAAGUAAUAUCUGAAUUAACAAAAAAGUAUAAUUGGAUUAAUGAUUUAUUUAAAAAACUAAGUAGAAAUAUCUCACUUGUUCAUGAGAAGCACCCUGCUAAGGAUGAAUUCGGAAAAAAACACUGUUAUGAUUUAAAUUAUUGGUUACAUGAUGAAGUAUUUAAGAAACUUCAACCUAAUGGAAAUUUUAGGGAAUUAAAGAAUAUUAUUACUAAUCUUCAAAAAGUGUGGGAAAGCAUUGUUAAAAAGGAAUUCACUGGAAAUGAUUUUAAGUGCCUUCCGGACUAUAAUUUGUAUAGUGACAUGGGUUUUUUGCAGGAAGUUAAGGAUUUAUUUGAUUUUUUUGAAGAUUUUGGUAAAAUGAGGAAAGAAAUUAUUUAUAAGACAAAAGAAUCAUGCCCUAAAUAUCUUGAUUACCUUAGACAAAGAAUCCCAAUAUAUUACACUUGGAGAGACUCAUGCAAAGAUGAUAAUUAUACUUGUAAAAGAUAUAUUGAUGAUUAUAUGAAAUAUCGUCCUUCUGGUAUGAUUAUAUCACUGGGACCUUUGAUUUAUUUUACUUAUAGAUAUAACCCCUGCUAUGUAGACGUUUAUAACAUAUUUGUACAGGCAAAAAGGCUGGAUUUACGAAAUGAUGGUUUAUAUAAGCAUAUUAUGGAUGAACUUGAAGCUGAAGAACUUGAACAAAAUUUAAUUUCACCCGGUGUAGAAGAUGAAUUAGGUGUAAAUGAAAAUAUUAACUCGGGUAACAAUGAUAACUAUUUAUACCGCUUAAUGUGGGAUGGAAUGCAUUUUGUAUAUGAUUUCCUUAUACCAUAUAUGAUUUUGUUGCUUGGAAUAUUUUUAAUUUUUAAUAUUUUAUAUAAGUUUACACCAUUGAAAAGAUCAUUUUUACGCACACGCGCAAAAAUAAGAAGAUGGAUUGGACCUAACAUUGGUUAUGAAGAUAUUGUAAUAUUAUAUGGAAGUGAUAAAUCUUUAGUCACUAAUGCAAAUGGGGGAGCUUAUAACGUAACGUACUCUUCUAAGUAA